AUGUCUACACAACAACAACACGUUAUCAUCAAAGCUUACUACAAUGAUCUCGUUGAAAGUCAACCAGAAAUCCGACGAUUUUCUGUUGAUGUAUCACCAACCAAUGGUGUUUAUCGAGCAUUGGAAACAACUAUUUCUCAAUUGAAUAGUAAUUAUCCUCAAGGUCAAUUUACAUUACAAUACACGGAUGAAGACGAUGAUCGUAUUACAUUUUCAUCCGAUGAUGAAUUACGAUCGGCUUUAAAUAGUAUUCCACUUGGUGGUGUAAUUAAAAUUUACGUUAAACCAAAAGUUAAAAAACCAGAAAGUCCGAAUGCAACAGUUCAUUCUGGUGUAACUUGUGAUGGUUGUCAAUGUCCUGUAUUUGGUAAUCGUUAUAAAUGUACGGAAUGUCCAGAUUAUGAUUUAUGUCAAACAUGUUCGGAUAAAAAUCUCCAUUCUGGACAUAAUAGGAUAAAGUUAACCAGUCCAUUUCAACAUUUUGGUGGACAUCGUCGUUGUGGUCGUGGACCAUUUAAUGGCGUUCGAUGUGGUGGUGGUGCUCGUUUCUGGCAUCAUUUUAUGCGUCGGCAACAAGGUUGUCCAGCUGGUUUUCCAAUGCCAGCAGAUAUGACCAAUUUUCUUGGUCAAUUUAAGGGUAAAGAAUUAGCUGAAUUAGUUGAAACUCAUUUACCCGAAUAUUUACGUACGGAAAAAGUUAAAGAAAUAAUCAAUCGAUUUAAAACUGGAGAACAAACUGACAAACCUGUUGAUCAAAAUGCUCUUUUAGAAAAUAUUGGUCAAUUUCUUCGUGAAAUUCUUUCACCUUUUGGCAUUGAUUGUGAUUAUUUUGUUAAUAAUCAACAAACAAAAACAACAACAACAACUGAACAACCUGAAACAAAGGAAAAAACCGAAGAAGCAACAGCAAGUAUUAAUACAAGUACUGAACCAAAACCAUCUGCUCCUCCAUCAUCAGAAGCUUCAUCUGCUGCUCCAACUACUGGAGCUUCAUCAGCGUCAGCUACUGCUCCGGCAUUUGGUAAUUUACUUGAGCAACUUCAUACAGUGUUUGCUCCAAUGUUUCAACCACCAACACCAUCGGCAACAACAACUGCCACAACUGCAGAUCAACAAGCUCAAGAACAAAAGAAAAUUGAUGAAUGUAUUGAACGGAUGACUGCAAUGGGGUUUGUUGAUUCGAAUGGCAUUCUUACAGAACUCAUUAGAGCAAAAAAAGGUGAUCUGAAUCAAGUUUUGGAUGCUCUCAAUCCACGCAACUACAAAAACUGAGCCAAAAAUAAUAUUCUCAUAUGAACUUUCCUUCGUAUUUCAUGUAGUAUUCAAGCCAGAAUAUAUUUUUUAUAUGCGAUUUUGAUCAGCUAAGAAAUUAAAAUAAAAGUUAUAUAAAAUAAAAUAUAUGAUUACUCAUUUCACAAAUCACUCAACUACUUUGUAUUGGCCUUUCUUUGAUAAAACCGUACUUUUCACACACGGAGAUUAACUGAUAUUAAGUUAGAGGAUUGAGCUGUUAACUUAGAUAUGCUUUUUUGCAGAUUUCUCUGCAAUACAGGUAUCCUAAAUCAUGGUUACAACUAUUCGCCAUUUGCACUAUAUACAGCCAUUCACCAUACGAAAAUACUAUAGGUACGCAUCAAACUUGUCAUUUUGUGAUGCGAUGGAUCUUGAGAAUUGAAGCUCACAAAACACUCCUUUAAAUGUGAAGUCAAAGUAACGAGAUAGAACUCGUAUAUUUUGUAUCGAUAUUAUUCUGAACAUGUUGCAUUUCUUUAUAAUCGACUUCGAAAAAUGACAAAUAUGAAACUAGUUAUUUCCUUCUCGUUUUAAGAUAAUUAAAAGUGAAAAACUAAAACAAAGUUAGGCGCCACUUACUGUUCUCAUAGGUCAAACAGCUGUAAAUACAGCUGAUAGUAGAUAAUGAAUCAUCGAGAUAGUUAAUCGAUCAAUAAACAACAGUUUCUAGAAGUCUGUCGAUAGGCUUUAGUAGAGUUUCUCUAGUGAUCAAUUUCAAAAUGGAUGCCUUUCAUAUCCGAUCUACGUUAGAUCAACUGUUCGAUAAAAAUGUUUGUUUUUAUCGAUUAUCCCUAACUCAGAAAACUCUUCAAUUAUCUUUGAACCUUGACGUAGAAUGUGAGAACGAAUUUCGAUGAUAUUUUGAGUAAUUAUUCGAUUUCAAUUCGGAAUUCGUUUUUCAGAUUCUCGGUGGUUGUCGUAUUGUUAAUGAGUCUGGUUGUUGGCGAAGAGAAGAAUAACAAUCAUCCCCACGCCCCCAUCGGCAAGCCCCACAUAUG